ACUCAAGCUGCACACACCGUGUGUUCUCCUCUUCUGACAGCAUCGGUACCAAGCGGGAGCCAAAGGAAGCUUUCCCAUUUUCCUCCUUCCUCCCUACCUUACAUAUCGGUGGCGGGCAAUCCUUGACACAGCAGACUGUGGUGUGGUGUGUUGUUUCCUGUUGAUGUCCUUCCGAGCGGGUGCUAAUCGGUUGUAACGCACACACACCGUGUACGGUGGUGGAAAUCUGUUGAUGUUUACGUGACUCAAAGUUGUGAUUUUUUGAUAAACUUUUCAAGUGAAAUUCGCGGAUAAUCGGAUUUUCGUGUGGUUUGAACUCGAGGACCAACCACACACUCAACCACCCCCCACCAGGGAGACGACCCAGCCGGAGAUUAUGUAAUUUAGUGCAAACUGCAGCUGCAAAGUGCAACCGGACUAAAAAAAUAAAAGUUUCUUCAAACCAUUCAAGUUACCUCUGCCCAUCAUCACCAUCGAGAUGAGCAGCCCCAAGAAGGAUGUCAACCUGGACAUGCAGCUGCUCAGCAAGCCGGGCUCGCCAACCCGGAACGGGGACACGAUCGUGGACGACAACUACGAUCCCCACCUGCACCGGAAUCGACCCCAUCCCACGACCAACUUUGAAACGUUGGUCCAUCUGCUCAAGGGAUCGCUGGGAACGGGCAUCCUGGCGAUGCCGCAGGCCUUCUACAACGCCGGAUGGCUGUCCGGGUUCAUCAACACGAUUCUGAUCGGUGCGUUGUGUACGUACUGCUUGCACGUGCUCGUCCAAACGCAGUAUGCACUCUGUAAGCGGCACCGCGUUCCCAUCCUGACGUACCCGAUCUCGAUGAAGAUGGCCCUGGCAGAGGGACCGCAGUGUUUGCGGGGGUUUUCCAAGUAUGCCGUGGUGAUCGUCGAUGGCUUCAUGAUCCUGUAUCAACUAGGAAUUUGCUGCGUGUACAUUGUUUUCGUCGCCACCAACAUCAAGCAGCUCGUCGACGUGUACCUGGUGCUGGACGUCAAGCUGCACUGUCUGAUCCUGCUGGUGCCGCUGAUAGGCAUCAACAUGAUCCGCAACCUGAAGGUGCUGGCUCCGUUCUCGUCGCUCGCGAACGUGAUCACCUUCGUUGGCAUCGGCAUGAUACUGUACUACGUCUGCCAAGACCUGCCGUCGAUUUCCGAGCGCGAAGCCGUGGCGGACCUGGGAAAGUUUCCGCUGUUCUUCGGCACGACGCUGUUUGCGCUGGAAGCCGUCGGAGUGAUCAUCGCGCUGGAGAACAACAUGGCUACGCCCAAGUCGUUUGGUGGAACCUGUGGAGUUUUGAACUCCGGCAUGACCGUCAUCAUCAUCCUGUAUGCCGGCAUGGGCUUUCUGGGUUAUCUGAAGUACGGAGCGGAUGCGUUGGGAAGUGUUACGUUGAACCUGCCUGAGGGAGAAUGGGUUUCCCAGAGCAUCCGAGUGCUGUUCGCCAUCGCCAUCUUCAUCUCGUACGGCCUGCAGUGCUACGUCCCGGUGGACAUUAUCUGGAACGUGUACCUGGCGGACAAGUACAAGGAUUCGGGCAAGAAGCAGCUGGUGUACGAGAUGUUGGUCCGCAUCGUGGUUGUCAUCACGACCUUCCUCCUGGCCGUGGCCAUUCCGCGUCUUGGCCUGUUCAUCUCGCUUUUCGGGGCACUCUGUCUGUCGGCGCUGGGAAUCGCCUUCCCGGCCAUCAUGGAGAUUUGCGUUCGAUGGCCCGACCAGCUCGGUCCCGGAAAGCUCAUCCUGUGGAAGGACAUCGUGCUGAUUUUGCUCGGAAUUGUUGGCCUCGCCGCUGGAACGUACACCAGCGUGCGGGAUAUUAUCUACAGUUUUCAGUAGAAGGUUAAGCUAGGUUGUCCCAAACUUUACCCCACCCCGAAAAUCCCCAUCGGAAGCAAUUUGUACUCCUCUUCUCAAGCUAUCUCUCUCUUUUCAACGUGUAGUAACAGAGAUUACCAAUAUUCGGCCUCGUCAGUGCAACAACACAAAAACUAACAAAAGAAAUUCAAUAGACUGUAGUCGUUGUAACGUUUAAGGCACCCACCCAAACCCACAAACAAGCAACAAGCUUAAACGCAUCAGCCAAUCUCAAGAAUACCAAAAAACUAAACUAAAUACUAACUAAACACAAUCAGGCGCUUAUCACUUACAAAGUGAUACUGCUGCACCAAUACACUAAAACACACACCCCCCAACUACACAACAAGGCCUUGGUAGCAAUAUUUGUGCGAACUCUAGUUACUAUAGCAAACAAUAGCAAACAAUACGUAGAAGCUCAAGCGAAGGUAGAUAAAAGAACAAUUGCUGGCCAACAUAUCACAAUUUAAAUUUUCAUCCGUUUCUCAAUCUCUCUUUAUUUGUAUUUGUAUAACGUUUAGAUUUUAGAUAGCGCAAUAAUGAAGGCUCUACCUGUGUCCUAUUAUUUGUCUACACUCCUUUUUUUUUAGAAUGGUGUUUUCUAAUUGUAUGUCUAAUGUUUAGUUUGUUACAAAAAAAAAGAAAGUGGAGCAUUUCACUUUAAAAAGCACUCGCGCAAAAGAAGCUGGUUUAGGUUUUAGGUACUGCAAAAAUAAAAUAAAAAGAUAAUUUGAAGGAAUGCGCUCACUUUUAUCUGCAUCUAAUGUAACAACUCACAUGUUGUAUUGGUUAAACUUAAACAAAACAAAAA